CAGGGCUUUCUCGAUGUCUGCGUGGCUUACUUCAAAUACUCUGGGACAUGCGCAGUGCUAGCCCUGAUUUGCUUCGCGGCUAGUGGAGCGUUCAUAGCCGGCCAGCUGUUCUGCAUCAAGGAAUGGUCAACCCUCAAGAUAAGCGAAACCGUCGACAACCACCCUUCUAGCCGAUUUAUCCUCCAGAGGCUAGCAGCCUUCUGCCUUGGAGAUGCACUGUGCAAGCUCGCCGGCGGUAUUCUGCUGUCCCGGGCGACAUGGCAUUGGUCCACCAAACUUCACAUCGACAUGCUGGAGAAGAUAGUGAGGAGUCCUCUCUCUUUUUUCGAUUCGACAGCUCGUGGGAGGAUCCUGAACCGUUUCACAGUAGAUCUGGAAACUAACGAUGUCCGCAUCUUCGUGGCUUACAAGCAGCUGCUCCAAAACAUCUUCUGCUUUCUGGGAAGACAGGUCGUCAUCGGAUCCCAGGCACCCAUCGUCUUUGGCAUCGCUUGCGUCACUGAGAUUUUUUUGGUGUUUGUGGUGCGCUACUGCUUACACGUCACAGUCGUAGGACGUUUUUACGAGAGCACAAGGUUGUCAAGAGUGCUGCAGCAUGUGACCGAAACAUUGGAAAACUUGGGCUCAAUACGAGUUUUCGGAGUUGUAGAACACUUCCUCGGCCUGUUUAGGCGACUCAUGAAUGAAUACGCCCGCGCAUUUCACUUGUUCAUCAUUUGCUACGCACUCACCCGCUUUGUGGUUACGCUCAGCGCCCAGAUUGUCCCAGUCGCCACCGCAUUCGUCGUCCUUGUUCCGGCACAGGGAGACGUUGCAUCUGCGGCCACCGUGGGACUCUCUCUGCUGUCGUCAUUGACGGUGCCUUUCGCUAUAACAGGAGUUUUUAUGGUCAUAUUUUGGAUGACCCAGGGCGAUGUAGCCUUCAAACGUGCACUCGAAUACACUGAGCUACCGGAAGAAGCAAUGGUAUCUGAAGACAACUGUUUGAGUGAGAACACUGAUUUCGGGUGUGGUGGAGUCUUCAUCAAGACGAAUUUUGAGCGUUGGCCUUGUCAUGGUGCAGUGGAGUUUCAUCAUUACAAUGCUUCGUACAGGCCGGGCAUAACCGAAGAUGCCAUAAAGGAUCUUUCAUUCAGUGUCCAGCCCGGAGAGAAGGUAGCUAUAGUGGGCAGAACUGGUGCUGGAAAGUCUUCUAUUAUACUCGCGUUGCUGCGUAUGAUUUCGAGCACAUCGGGUUCUGUCACCAUUGAUGGAAUUGACAUUUCUUGCGUGCCGCUAAGGACACUUCGCUCUGCAAUCAGCGUCAUUCACCAAGACCCAUCGCUGUGGUCCGGAACGCUGCGCGAAAAUUUGGACCCCGAAUGCUGCAAGUCAGAUGAAGAGAUAUGGACAGUUCUUCAAAGCGUAGACUUGAGUACAUUUGUCGAAAAAAGCGCCGGUGGCCUCUCUUUGGUCAUAGAAGAAAAGGGUGAAAACUUGAGUGUCGGCCAAUGUCAACUGGUGUCACUGGCCCGCGCACUGCUGAGAGGGACCAAAAUUCUUGUUCUUGACGAAGCCACAUCCCAAAUGGACCCCGAGACGGAUCGCAGGGUGCAAGCGACACUGCGAGUGAGCUUUGCUCAUUGCGCAGUUAUUACAGUUGCGCAUCGUAUUGAUACCAUACUGGAUUACGACAGGGUGGUCGUGAUGGGCGAAGGACGAGUUUUGGAAUAUGGACUGGUCCGGCAACUGCUCGCCGACCAAAGUUCUACCUUUCGUAGCAUGGUGCAAUGUUCUGGCAUAGACCCCGAUAUAAUAUUGCAGGGUUCACAGAUGAAAUAAGUCAACACUUAGAUUCACAAAACUAUGUUCACUGCCUCAAUUUAUUAUCCAAAAUUUAGCUCCUGCAGGUCGCUUAUUGUAACAAAAUUACCAGAUGUUCUUUAAGAGUGCACCUGCUGGCGUGCGUUGAUGGACUUUCAAAGUACAGUGGAAUAAAAAACGCUUAGUAUCGUA